AUGGUGAAUAUGAAAGAAAGCAUCACGCCAAAGAAUGCACUUGCGGACCUAAAACCUUUGACUGAAGCCAUCAUCAGCCUCUCUGCUCCGCAAGAGCAAAAGAACAAUCUGCUUUAUUUGAUCACACAACUGUCCACCGCACUAUCUGUGGCAUCUAGUCCCCCAUCUACACGACAAAAUGGGGGAAGUUCCACCGACACUCAGGUGAAUGGGGCCAACGGUGCAUCCCACUCGGACACGGAUAUGAGUCACGUCCCUACCUUCAUUCCGAACAAAUUGCCUAGGUUUCCCUUGCCCGACAUCAAUGCGUUGUGUAACGCAUUUCUCACCGGCGUCAAAGCAUUCGCAAGCCCGGAAGAAUUCACCAACACUAUUAACGCUGUUGAGGAUUUCAAGCGACCAGGCAGCGUUGGCCGACUGCUUUACGACCGAGCCGCUGCUAGAGCUGCAGACCCAAAUGUCGAGAACUGGGAAUGCGAGCUACAACUUCAACGUGGCUUCCUCGACCGUAGAGUGGCACUCACCCCAUUCACCAGCUUCUGGACUGGUCACCCUUUCAGCCAACGACCACACUCACAGGCGGAAAGAGCCGCUCUUCUGGCAUACACAACAAAUAACUUCAAAAGAAAACUGGAGGCAGGCCUCAUCGAGCCUGUGGUGAUGAACCAGCUGGAGCUGACCACUGCGUUUCACCCUUGGAUUUUCAACACGGUGCGCGUCCCCGGCAUUCCCAGCGAUGACAUGCAGAAGCAUCCAAACAAUGAUUAUUGCGUCGUUUUCUGGCGAGGCCACGCCUUCAAAUUGAGUCUCUCUGUUAGGAGCCGGCCAGCGACCUACCUAGAGCUACACUCCGCCUUUGAGUUAGUGUUGAGCCAGUCGGUGGCGCGGUCUUUUGUUUCCAUCUUCACGUCGGAUAAUAGGCCCUCGUGGGCCGAAACAAGACAACGGCUCCAACAGCUGAGCCCACAAAACGCGGAAAGCCUCGCGAUCAUCGAAGCUGCGGCGUUCACUGUUUGCUUGGACGAGGCAUCUCCAAUGACGGUAGGCGAGCGGGGCCGACAAUUCCACUUUGGAGGUGAGAAGGAUGCAGCAAACCGCUGGCACGACAAGUCACUUCAAUUCGUGGUGUGCUCCAAUGGUUUCUCAGCUACCCUUGGCGAACACACUAUGCUGGAUGCCAUGACAUUGAAACAGCUUAAUGAUGCCAUAAACACAGCAAUCAGCAGCCAUGCCGAAGCGGGCGUUCUUGUGCCGCCGGCCACUGCUCCCAUCACGCCUGUGCCUCUGCCCUUUACGACAGACGCAACAAUCGAAGCGCUCAUUGACAAAGUGCGAGUCCAAUAUGCCGAUAUCACAGAGGGGGCCGAGCAUGUAGCCUUCCACUUCGAAGGUUAUGGCUCUAAACUACUGCGAGAGCAGAAACUGCCACCUAAAAGUGUGUUUCAGAUAGUCGUCCAGCUAGCGGCCUAUGCAAUUUUCGGCGAGAUCACGCCGUGUUUUGAAAGCAUCAAUCAAGCGCACUACCACAAAGGUCGCGUUGAUAUAAUCCAAGUUGUCAAUCCUCAAGUUGCCGCUUUCCUGACCGCCGCGCGCGACCCAUCUGUCGACAUGUCCGAACGCCGAAGCCUGCUUCUCAACGCAGCCCGCGCGCACGUUGCGUCCGUCAGCAAAGUUGCCAGAAAUGUCGGCUGGGAGCGUAACUUGACGGCAUUGCGUGCGCUCUUGAAAAAGGGCGAGCCGCUGCCGGCUUUGUUUGAGGACCCUGUUUAUAAGAGAGUGAGGCCGAGGCUGAUGAUGAGCAACUGCUUUGAGACGGGAAUGCUGGAGAAGGGGUGCAUGUGGAAGGCUCCUGAAUCUGUAUGGAUGCACUAUGAGGUCUAUGAUGAGAGUGUUCAUUUUACAGCUGUGACUUCGGAACCUGGUCGCGCAACGCGAUUUUGUCGGCUUGUGAAAGAGGCCGCUGAGUUAGUUCGACAGAUCGUUUUGCUUGAAUAA